AUGAGGAUCCGCUGCCGGAGCCCGCCGGCGAGGGACGCCGGCGGCGAGGAGACAGAAAGCGGGUCCACCGUCUCCUCGGCGCAGUCGUCCUCGGCGACGGUGCCGAAGAAGAAGACUAGGAGAAGCAGGCCGGCUGCGCAGCCGGGGAAGGAGUACAAGUGCGGCCACUGCGGCAGGAUCUUCUCCACCGGAACGGGUCUAGGCGGCCACAUGAAGAGCCACAGCGCGGCGGCGGCGCUGGGCAGGCAGCGAAAGAAGGUCCCGCUGGCGCCGGAGAGGACGGCGGAGGAGGGCGACUCAGUGGUUCUCCACGGCGGCGGCAGCGAGAAGCUGGAAGGAGGGUGGCCGGCGGAGGGGAUUGGAAUGGCCCUCGGCGGCCACCGGAAGGGCUCUCGGAACGCCGCCGCGCCAUUGCUCCUCGACCUCAACUCUCCUCCUCCGCCGAGCGGAGACGAGGAAGAAGAAGGGGGACUUCCGGCGACGGCGGCGACGUGA